AUGUCUGCAUAUUUGCAAUAUGUACCGGAUGACAGACAGAAAGUCUGUGAUACCUGUGGAUGCAGUUUCAAGCCCAAAGGCUUCAAUCGUCACCAAAGAGCCUGCGAGCAACGAGCAAGAGAGUCAGAAGAAGAUGGAGAGCUAUGGGCUUCAAUCCCGCCUGUACAAGAUCGCUCUGAGCCCGAGAAUGUCCCUGAACAUACCAGUGUGGAUGAUAUCCGCACUGAGUUUCAUCCGCACAUGAGGAUCACAAUGCGCAUUGAAGCAUUCUCUGACUUCACACGACAACAUCACUACGAGCCACCCUGCCCAGAUCGCCACCCUUGGCUCCCAUUCAGAUGCCAACUUGACUUUGAGGUUGCGGAGUUGGCGCACGAGACUGCACUCACUCAUGAGCAAACGACGCGCCUCAUCCAGUUGGUUCAGUGUGGUAGGACCGAAGACUUCACUCUUAAAAAUUACGCCGAUGUUCGGAAUACAUGGGAAGCAGUGUCCCAUCGCUUGACGCCGUUCAUACCACUUGAUGGAAAUGAUGUGAAAUAUACAGUUUAUUUUCGCUCCCUUUGGGAUUGGGGAGUAGAUCUUUUGCGACACCCUGACAUUGGCCCUCAUUGCAUUUUCGAUGCCCAGCGGCUAUCGAAAUUUGAUGGAGACUCGUUUAUUAGGUUCAUCAAUGAGCCAUGGACUGCAGAUGCAUUUUGGGAAUGCCAGUCCCAGAUCCCUCCAGAAGCAAAACCGUUGGUGUUCAUCCUGUAUGCCGACAAGUCGAAGCUAUCAUCAUUUGGGUGCGAGAAGGGAUAUCCUGUCAUCGCUCGGCUAGCGAACCUUCCUGUUGCCAUCAGAAAUGGAAAUGGGGUGGGUGGGGGACGAGUGGUUGGAUGGCUCCCACUGGUCAAAGACGACCCGAAAUACAAAGGUACCCAACAAUUCGCUAACUUCAAAGUUGCUGUAUGGCAUGCUGCCUUCAAGAAAGUGCUUGCAUCAAUCAUACCGCCUUCGAAACAUGGCCACUGGGCGAAUUGCUGGGACGAUGUUGUGAGGCUCUUCUAUACACUGGUGUUGAUACUAUCCGCGGACUACGAGGAGCAGAGUGUAAUGUCCCUCACUCGAGGCGUGAUGAGCAACUUUCCAUGCCCAAUCUGUCUGAUCCCUGAGGACAAAUUGUCUUCUGUCAUGCCCCAUAACUAUACUCUUUGCACAUGCCAGGCAAUGAAUGACCUUUUGAUCAAGGCAAGGGCAGAGCGCCGCAAAGGACAGCGGGAGGCAAUACUCAAGGGACAGUCAAUUCGCAAUGUUGAUAACACAUUUCACGAGAUGAAUCGCAAGACUACUGAUGUGCACCGCGCACUAUGCUAUGACCGCCUUCACAUUGUCCUCCGAGGUCUCUUUGGGGACCACAUGUGGCCAGAGCUACAAGUACUAAUUGGUCUUUUGGGACGUGACUUCGCCGUAAAAGUUGACCAGAAUUUUGAUGCACUGCCACAUUGGCGCAAUAUGAAUCAUUUCGAUGCUGUCAUGGCUAUAACAUUUACUGAUGGCAGUAAAUAUGAAGACAUUUUCAAGGUAAAUGAUCUUUUUAUCGAACUAAUAGUAUUUGCGGCUCAUGAUAUUCUUCCGAACACUGACGAAUCUUUAUGGCCAGACAAAAACUGGUCAUUCCUGAAGAUCCAUCCAGCUGCCCACUUAUUCGAUGACAUUGAGGCUAAGGGAGCAACUCGCAACUACAACACAAAGCCAAAUGAGAAGUGUCACGGUCCUCUAAAGGAGUCAUAUCAACAACGAACCAAUUCCAAAAAUGUAGCACCACAAAUUUUACGUGCAGACCAUUGGUCUCUCGUUUCUGAGUUCAUCCGUGGUCGAGUAGAUGAACUAGCUGCAUACGAUGCUCAGAUGGAUGAAGACGAGGUUGACAAGACUGGCCCGGAUACUAACAUUGCAUCCAAUUUCCAUAUCAGAUUUGGAUCGAGGCAACCGAAAAAGCGGUUUCGCACCAAGCUCAAUGCAUUUUUAAAUGCUUUGCCCACUGUCUUGCAGCAGGUGAACAUGUUACCUUCUGACGAAAUAAUAGAGUUUCGAUUUCUCAAGGUUAACUAUGAGUCACUAGUUGACUUCUGCCAGACCACAGACUAUCUCUGUUGCAGCCCGAGAUUCCACAAUCUUCCCCGAUAUGACUGCAUCAUCGUUAACAUCGCGACUGGUGUGUUUUUUGCACGGCUCCUAUUCCUCUUUACAUGUAAUGUCAAUGACACAUCCUAUCCCAUUGCCCUUGUACGUUCAUACGACGCGCCAAUUGGGAGGUGUCUCCAGAAGGACAAACACCUGAAAUUUUGGCGUGUUAGAUCGCAACCGAGAGAAACUGCUAGUGAGUUCAUACUAGCAGAAUCAAUCAUCCGAGGAGUCGCUCUUGCUCCCGAUCCCACUAUACCUGGUGAUUUUCUCGUUAUGGACACUGUAGACAGUGAUAUAUUUCUGCGCAUGAAGCAAAUGCACCUCGCAGCCGGGCACUUAGACUAGUAACCAUCAUUGCGGCUUCAUGCCAACUAACAUUCCUUUGUUAUGUUGUUCAUCAU